UGGGGAGGAUGACCAUGUGGUUGCCAGGGCGGAGUAUGACUUCACAGCUGCGUCGGAGGAGGAGCUCUCACUGAAUGCUGGAGACAUGCUCAACCUGGCUCCUAAAGACAUGAGUCGUUACUGCAACCUGAACAACAACUUUCCCAAUGACAACAACCUCCUGGUCCUGGACAUGGUGCUGAGCUCUCUCUGGAGCGUUCCACAGCCCGUCAACUGGGACAACGUGGCCAUGCUGGUCCCUGGCUUCACACCCAAGGAGUGUGCGCAGAGGUUCGAGGAGCUGAAGAGCACCGGAGGGUUCCAUCACGUGGACGACCAAUGCAACGCGCUGACGGCAGGAGGCUCCUCCCCUGUGGACUCGCUGGCCACCUACAUCAAAUCCACACUAUUGGACACCYCGGGAGACGUGGAGGAGACGRGGACCAAUCAGAGCUCCAUCUCAGUGACGGGCCUGGCGGUGACCCUUCAAAGUAGCUCGGUGGAGAAAGAGGAGUCUGCAGAGGAGGGCGAGAAGCCCCAGGAGGGAAAGGGUGAGUGGCCCAAUAUGGUGAUCCACGUGUGUGACGAGGCUAAGAACCUGAAGCAGGACUUCAUGUGUCCCCGUGACCUUCUGAUCAACGAGAUGCGUUUUGCUGAGUACCUCUCUGUUGACCUCCAGCGCUAGGAGGUGGACAUCUCUGUGCACUGUGACGUGCAGAUCUUCCACUGGCUCAUGAACUACGUCAAGAGGCACAAAAUGGCCGCUCGAUGGCAAUGGAGGAGUAGUAUUCAGUACCGUCACAAGCACAUGAGUGCCAUCGUGGCCACACCCUGCAACAUGAACUGCAUCAACAGUAACCUGGCAACGGACAUCUCUGACCUCUUCAGCCACAACGAGGCAGACGACAUCAUGGACAGAAAAGACAAGUUCAAAAGUAAGUUAUCCAGAAAGAAAAUUGAGUGUCUCUUCGAUCCUGAUAUAAGAACCAAGGACUCCCCAGGCAACGCAUCGACUCUGUACAGAUGUGGUCUGUGCCUGAAACUGCUGACCAAGGACACAGAGAGGAGAAUCUCCUGCAUCCCAGGGAAGAUCAACAUCGACCCUCGAGAGACAUCACCCUACACUCACAGCAGGUCCUGUACCACCCACGUUUGUGGUGCAGAGCUGUCCCCACUGUCGGCUAUCACCCAGAGGUUGUUGUGUACCCGGGCAUGGGGACUAGAAGCCAGGGCUGGCAGCGGAACGGGCAUCUACCCCAUAGCUGCAAACCCAGAGGACACUACGCUUUGUGACCUCCCACCGGUGCCCAACGAGCAUAUGCGAGACCACUACACACUGCACCCCAACCCGGCUGCCCAAGCCCAAGGUAGACACUCACACAUGACCCCACGGCAUGCCCAAGGUAGGAACCACACUGACCCCACCGGCAUGCCCAAGGGCUGUAAGAUGCGGGACCACAUAGUGAAUGCGUCAGACAGUGGAGACUGUACUGGGGACCACCAGGUAAACUCAGCCCAGACCAGACUACUCAACGACCUGCUACUACACAGAGAGYCAGUGUGUGUACCCAACACACCCCUACCAGAGACAGGGUUGAAAAACUGGAGCCGGCAACUGAGGCAGCAGACGCUGCUUUCUGAGGAUGAGGAGUAUACCACGGGGUCAGAGGUCACUGAGGAUGAGGUGGGAGAUGAAGAGGAGGCCAGCAAGAAACAAGCUGCUAAGAAGGCCAAGAAGUUGAGCAAACCUUUGAAGAGGCAGAUGUCUUCACUAAUUUCCAUCGCAAGAGAGAAAGCAGUGGAGAAAGUGAUGAGUGCCCAGAAGAGUAAAUGGGACAGCUCUCCACUCGCUUACAACCAAGAUGCCCAAAGAGAGGACGACCAGCGGCGUAUGGUGGAGAUCAUUGGUCAUCUGACUAAGAUCAGGUUCGGAGAUCAGGAACGGAAGUCCAAGGACACUAAAGAGCGUGCAGCAGGGAUCUACUCCAGGCUAGAGGCCCAGUUCAAGUCCUCCUCCCAGGCCAGCGGACGACAGAGUGGCCCUGAGAAAACCCUCAGAGUGAAGCCACGCUUCAGCCAAGCUCGGACCACAUAGAUACUGGAACGAGAAGAGGGAGGAAGACAGGAGGAAGAGCGGGAGGGAGGAGAGGAAGAGAGCGGAGGAAGAGAGAUCCUCAUGUGAGAACUCAGUGGAUCAAACUGACCCAGUGGCAACCUGGCAGCAGCUAAACCUCUCAACCCCACCUUGCCUGCGCCACUGUGCCCCUGUUAAUAUUUGUGCCUGUAUUCAUAAAGAGCCUAAGAGUAGGAGUGCUGAUCUAGGAUCAGUUUGUCUUUUUAGAACAUACUGAAUGGACAGGGGAGACAUGAUCCWAGAUCAGCCCUCCUACUCUGAGACACUUGAUAAAUACAGGCCCUGGUCCUGCAUUGGUCGUCUUUAGUUCAGGAGGCCUGUUUUUUUCGUAGGGCUUUGUAGCCCACUUGGAACCCAGUCCAGCCCGUCAGCCUGACUCAGGUGACUUUGUAAUGAUCACAUCUCCUCRUACCUCCCAUUAACUGWAUAUUACAAUGCAAUAGGUCACCUAGCUCUAAACCUGUAUGCCAUAGAAUAUAAUAGACUUUAACAUAGAAGCUACCUUGUGGUGAGUAAUAGGAGUGGUUAGCAGUAGGUAGAUGAUGGUGGAUGAAAUGCCCGUUGUUUCUAUUUCUAUAUCUGUCUGUGUUGGCCGUAUCGCACACUACUGGGACUAAGAGGACAUGGGUGGACUAGGCAGUCAGAAAUAAAAGUUACAUUCRCACCAUU